AUGUCGGCUUCCGUCCAGGACUUCCAGCUUGCCGCUUUGGCCGCCGGCUUCACCAUCGGAUUUGGGUUCUUAACAGUAUGGGAGGCCGUCAAGCAGACAAGGCGAAACCACAGCCCGUUACGGUCUGCCUAUAUCUACAUGAUAUGGGGUGAGAUUUUUGUCAACCUUGUUAUUGGUAUUAUCGGAUGGCUGUUCUUGAAUGACAGACUCGGUCCAACUGUUCCUGUCCUGUUCUUCAUCUUGUUCUUUUGGGUCUUCGAGGUCCAGUUGCUUAUGCAAAUCAUCAUCAACCGAAUUGCCCUCAUCGCAGAACACCGAAACACUAUCCGGAACCUCAAAUGGGGAACAGUGGUAGUCAUCACUCUCAUCAACAUCGCCGUCUUUUGUAUCUGGAUCCCAUCGCAUACUGUCCCGCCAAUUAGCGAUACAUACGUCAAGAUCAACAACGUCUGGGACAAGAUCAGUAAAGUCCUUAUCUUGAUCGUCGACGCAGGCUUGAACUGGUACUUCCUACGGACCGUCAAGAUCAGGCUAGUAGAACAACACGGCCUGACCAAAUACGCGCCCCUCGUAGGCUUCAACGGAAAACUAAUGGUCGUCUCCAUCGCCAUGGAUGCCCUUCUCAUCGGCCUCAUGUUCCUCAAGAACCAGGUCGUAUACAUCCAAUUCCACCCUGUUGUCUACAUGGUCAAGCUCAACAUCGAAAUGUCCAUGGCUUCUCUCGUCGUCCGCCUAGCCCAGGGAAAACAAAGCGAUAUGGGCCCCGAAGAGUUCCACAGCUCUUCAGGCCCCGAUUCGCACUCUCGAUCCGCCGCACUUUCGCACCAACCGCACUCCCUACAGCUGACCAACCGGUCCAAGCGCAAUAACACUAACAUGCGCAGCCCGGGGCUAAGCAAGAUCGAUAGCGAUGAUAGCCUGGAUCUGGGUGGCAUUCAGUGUACGACAGAUCUACGCAUCACGCAUGAAGAUAGGAAAGAUUUCGUGGAGGGCAGCUCGAGGAGUAGCAAUGACGCGCCGGCUCCGAGUAUGUUUGGAGAUGAGACACCGUUGCAUAAGCAAGGGACAAGGAUACGAGAGAGGGAGGUGUAG